CUUGCGUGAUUCACCGGAAAUUCUAAAUUUUAGUGAGACAAACUCCGAUUGAUUUCAGUUUCUGCCGCCAAUUUUCGUUAUUGCUGUUCUUCCUAGCUUCGUGCUUGUUCUCGUGAGAAGAAGGAGAGAAACCUACCAUGGGUCGGCCUCCCAGUAAUGGCGGUCCGGCGUUCCGAUUUAACCUGCCUGAGGUAACGGAGAUGGAAGCAAUUUUGCUACAGCAUAAUACAGCAAUGCCAGGUCGACAUGUUCUUGAAGCUCUUGCUGAAAAGUUUAGUGAAUCAGCGGAGCGGAAGGCGAAAAAUGUUGUGGUGCAAUUCAAGCAAAUCUGGAACUGGUUCCAAAAUAGGCGAUAUGCUCUAAGAGCAAGGGGAAACAAAGCUCCUGGGAAGCUUAACGUAUCUUCCAUGCCGCGCAGUGUGGAUUUAACAAAUCAGAUGAGGAAUGUGCUUCCUCCAUUAGCCGGUCCUAAACCGACUCACAUGUCUGGAAAUUUACCUGUCAUGACGCCUGCCCCGUCCGAUAUUUUAGCUCCCGGUGUCAUGAGGAGUGGUCCAGACAACUCUUACUUGGAAUUUGAAGCCAAAUCAGCCAGGGAUGGUGCAUGGUAUGAUGUGCAAGCUUUCCUAGCUCAUAGAAACUUGGAGAUUGGUGAUCCGGAAGUGCAGGUUCGAUUUGCGGGUUUUGAAGUUGAAGAAGACGAAUGGAUAAACGUCAAGAAGCACGUAAGACAACGGUCACUCCCAUGUGAAGCAUCAGAAUGUGUUGCAGUUCUUGCUGGGGAUCUCGUACUUUGUUUCCAGGAAGGCAAAGAUCAAGCUCUUUACUUUGACGCCAUUGUUCUUGAUGCACAAAGAAGAAGACACGAUGUCAGAGGUUGUCGCUGUAGGUUCUUGGUGCGUUACAGCCACGACCAGUCCGAGCAGGAAAUCGUUCCCUUGAGGAAGAUUUGCCGGCGGCCCGAGACAGAUUACAGGCUACAGCAACUUCACAGCGCCGCCAACGACUUUGCUAACUCGAAUCAGAUCCAGAAACCCACUCCAGACGCAGCUGCAAAAGCCCCUCUUUCACAAUCCGGCGCCUCAGCUCCCAUUGUUGCACCCGAGCUGAAAGAUCCGAGCAUGAGCACUCCUCCAACCACUUUGGUUCAGCCUAGAUCAGACUAGAAGCAGAACAACAUUUUGGGCGAAUUGAUAUAAGCGUCAGUUGUAUUCUCUUUCCCUUCUCACAGUAACUAGUUAGAGCAAUAGAGGUUAACUUGGGAUCCAUAUGCUCUUGUAAUAUUACAGAAUGACCUAGUCAUCUAAAACUGUAUUGUGUCAUUUUGUUAAAUCCUCAUGUACGAUGGAAUAAUUAUGGUUAGUUCGGUUUAUUCAUCA